CAGGAAGUUGCAAUACAAAUCAUCAUCAUGGCAGAAGAGAAUGGAGAUGUGGACCUUUCUCAAGAACAGACAGAGAAACUGCUUCACUUUCAAGAUUUGACUGGAAUUGAAGACAUAGAUCGAUGUAAAGGCAUUCUGCAAGAACAUAACUGGGAUAUAGAGAUAGCAGUACAGGAUACUUUUAAUAAAAGAGAAGGCGUCCCAAAUGUAUUUACUCAACCUGAGGGUGUUAAUAAUGAACCAAGAGAACCAUCUAUGAAUUUACAACCCAAUGAUCAAAGGGUUUUCACAGUGGCCAGACCUCCCCCGCAAGGCAUUUUUCAGUGGUUGUACCACAUCAUCUUCUUUCCCUUCCGUUUUGUGUACAGUUCUCUAUUAGAUUUAAUAAGAUUUACAUUUAGACUGAUUCGUCCAGACCCAAGGAGAAAUGUAACAGACCCUGUAGGAGAUGUAACAGCCUUUAUAUCGAAAUACGAGGAGACACUCGGAGGCAUACACCCAACAUUUUACCAGGGUUCUUAUAGUCAGGCUUUGAAUGAUGCAAAGAGAGAGUUAAGGUUCCUAUGUGUUUAUCUCCAUGGUGAUGAUCACCAAGACACCAUGGAUUUUUGCAGAAACACAUUAGGAAAUCAAGAAGUAAUUGAUUAUAUAAACACAAGGAUGUUGUUUUGGGCAUGCAAUACAAAUAGUCCUGAGGGAUUUAGAGUUUCCAGGGCAUUGAAAGAAAAUACUUAUCCCUUUCUUGCAUUGAUUGUCUUGAGACAAAACAGAAUGACAGUGGUAGCACGGAUAGAGGGACCUAUAGGACCCAUAGAACUGAUAGAGAAAUUAGACAGAAUCAUGCAGGAUAAUGAGGCAUCCUUAAUAGCAGCACGUGCUGAAAGAGAAGAGAGGAACUUCACCCAGACAUUGAGGAGGGAGCAGGAUGCAGCAUACUUAGAAUCCCUGAAAGCUGAUCAGGAAAAAGAAAGGAAGAAGAAAGAAGAACAAGAUAAAAUCAAUCAAGAAAAACAGAGGCAGGUAGAUGAAGAGAAGAAAAGACUACAGAUGAUACAGGAGAGAGAAUUACUAAAAGAGAAAUUAAAGAAUGAAAUCCCAGAGGAGCCAUCAACUGAUGACCCAGAUGUUGUGAGAAUCAUUCUAAAGUUACCUCAUGGGUCUAGGAUAGAGAGAAGGUUUCUCAAAAAUCAGUCAUUAAAGUACUUACAUUAUUUUGCAUUCUGUCAUGAGGACUGUCCGGAUGACUUUCACAUAGUGACAAAUUUCCCCCGAAGGACUUUGCCCUGUGAACCACCCAGUCAGGGCCCCGACCCUCCCUCUUUUGUGGAGGCUGGACUAGGAAAGAAUGAAUUGCUCUUUGUUCAAGAUAAUGAGGCGUGAUAGUUAUUAUAUGUAUGCUGCAGGAGAGAGGAAGAGAUAGAGUGCAACAUAAUGUUGGAAGUUCCAAAGAAAAGGCAGGAAGAAUGUGCAAAUAUUUAUAUAGAUGGCAGUUGUGAUUGUUUGAAGAAUUGGAAAGCAAAGGCUGUUUUACUUUAUGAUUGUAUUUACAAGAAUGUUGUUAAUUUAAAACCAGAUUCUGUUGGUUGCUGUUGCACCUUUUGAACACAGUGUGUUCAUAUAUUAAAACAGUUCAUUUUCGCUCACCUUGGCAAAGUCAGAGCCUCAGCUAUAGUGCCCCAGUAAUCAUAGAUUUAUACAGGUCUAAUCGUUUUACUAGCUUUAAGACCUACCUCAACCAAACUUUCAUGAUGUCCUGGUAUCCAUGCUUUGUCUUGCUUUGGAUGCAGUUUCUUGACAGAAAUAUAUUAAAUAGGCCAGGUUUAGGUUUUAAAAUACAACCAUGAAAUUGAAUGACAAUCUAAGGACUUCAUUCUUGUUUCAGAUGCUAUUAUAUUUUCAGAUUUAUCCUACAAUGUUAACCUUGAUAAAGAAAACAACUACAAAGAAAUCAACCGAUAGAUCUUACUUAUUGAACAUUCAGUUGGUACCCCGAAUUUGCCUCACUUUGACAUUUGUUCAGGUGAGCUAGUAAUCUACAAUUACCUAUGUUAAUUUCAGAGCACUAUAAAGAUGAAGUGUUUUAUAUGGGGUUUUAUUCAAUAUUGAUCUUCAAUGACAGGCAAUAGGUUUUGCUGUAAAACAAGUCAUAUUUAUGCAUGUAUUUAUAAAACGUAGAUUUUGAAAAAUAUUACCCAAGUAGGUAAAAAAAAAUUUGAAAUCGUGAAAUGUUACCAACACUGUUGAUGUAUGGAAAUUGGCAGAAUAAAUGUAUCUCAAUUCAUGUUGAUUUUUUGAUGGUUUCAUGGUUUGGAAUUUAGUUUUAAGCAGUGGAAAUACCAUAUUAUCUUACAAUGACUAUCGUAUCUAUAAAUAAACUUGGUCUAUUCAA